UAUAGACAAAAAUAUAAAUGCUUGAAACAAACCUAUCAGGCUCUCAGUGAUCUAAAUUAGCGUUGUGGUGAAGUGCGGUGAGUCUGAGUUGAUUUGGUUUGAGAUUGAUACAGAGAGACAGAGAUGACGGAGGCGACGAUCAGGAACAAGCCAGGAAUGGCGAGCGUCAAGGACAUGCCUCUUCUCCAAGACGGCCCUCCACCGGGCGGGUUCGCCCCGGUUCGCUACGCCCGUCGGAUCCCUAACAAGGGUCCCAGUGCUGUGGCUAUUUUCUUGACUACUUUUGGUGUUUUCUCCUGGGGCAUGUAUGAGGUCGGCAAGGGUAAUAAGAUCCGAAGAGCAAUCAAGGAAGAAAAAUAUGCUGCUCGCAGAGCUAUCCUACCCAUGCUUCAAGCUGAAGAGGAUGAGAGGUUUGUUAAAGAAUGGAAGAAAUAUCUGGAGGAGGAGGCCAGAAUUAUGAAGGAUGUCCCUGGCUGGAAAGUUGGUGAAAGUGUUUACCACUCUGGACGAUGGAUGCCUCCCGCAAGCGGUGAGCUUCGUCCUGAAGUCUGGUAAAAUAUGAAUGGUGUUAAUGCUACUGUUCGUUUUGGUUCUCUCUUGGACCUUAAAAGGCCAUUAGUCUCUUCUUUCAUUAAGAGCUUCUUGACGUACUGCCUGGACUUUCUGCCAAAUAAUAAAAAUAUCCGUUAUAACUUGUACUUGUUUCAAUGUUGCAACACUAUUUGUAACCUUGUAUUUAGCAUUUGUUGUCACCGUUCUAUAUGGUGUCAAAACAUGACAAACUUGUACUUUGGUGUGUUGCUUUCUAAAGCUUGUCGCAAACAGCCUAUUGAGUAAAUCUCAUUUUGUUGCAUGUUA